AUGAUCAAAAUUGAAGAAAGCAAAGAGGAAUUUCAUCCUCUAGUACAAAGGAAAAAAUUUCGUACGUCAGACGCAGCUGUUGCAGUAUUUGAAAAACUCAAGCAAAGAGAGGAGUCGGACGAAGAAUUCUCUGAUGAGGAGUUAUAUGAAGAAGAAAUUGAAAAACCAAAGGAUGAUGAGGAUUUCAAAGAGGAAUAUAUUGGUGAGUUACCCGAUGAAAUUGAACGUGUCCCUCGAGAUAGAGCUAUCAUCUCUUCUGAAAUGCUAGAAGAGCAUUCUCGUCAGUUAAAAGGUCAAGUUAUUGUCUAUGUAAAAAAGCAGAUUCAGAGCAUUUUAGAUGAUAUGAAGCAGAUGGAAAGUGAACUUAUUACUGUUAGGAAGAAAAUUGAUGGUUUAGAUCAAUGUCUACAAGAUGUUUCUGAGAAAAUUUCUUUUAAAGAUCAUAGUUUCACUAAAAAAGCUGAUGAACUGCGUGCUUUAAGAAACAUGACCGAAAAUCACCAGCUUUCAUUAGUUCAUGUAACAAGGCAGCUUGAGCAGAACAUGCAGUGCGAGUGCUGGGCACUUGAAAAUGUGUCUCAGUGUUAG